AUCCAACCGAGCAGUUGAUCCAGUAAGGCCUAUAACAUGUCAACCAUGAAGAAUUGUUUGAUUUUUCUGACUGUGAUCAGUUUCAUUGCUUUGAGCAUCGCACAAGACCAGUGCCAUCCGCCACCAAAUCAGAAGAAUCCUAAAGAAUGCUGCAAUGUUCCGACCGUCAUGCCAUCUAGAGAUCAAUUCAUAACUUGCAUACAGAAAUUCCCACCGCCACCUCCACCUGCUCCUGGAUCUCCACCACCGGCUCCAGGAACACCGCCUCCCGGUGCAAAUUGCAUCGCCGAAUGCGUCCUGGCCCAGCUCGGCAUGGUCUCCAACGGAGCUAUCAGCAAAGAUGCUGCCACCGCUACGCUAGUUGCCGCCCUCGGAUCCUCAGCUGAGUGGCAAGCACUUGCCAAGACCACUGUGGAUGCCUGCUAUUCGAAAGUUUCCUCGCUGCUAACGCAGAAGGAUAGUAGCGGGUGUAAUGCCGGUGCUGAACCCUUUAUGGAAUGUCUCCCGACAACCAUGUUUAAGAAUUGUCCUACCUCGUCCUGGGCUGCCAUUGCCGAGUGUGAACAACAAAAGGCUCACUUGGCAAAGGGAUGUCCAAUUAUGAGCUUAAUGGGACCACCGCACUUGAUGUAAUAUUGGGCCGUCUGAAUUAAUAAAUAAAUAUGUAAUGUUCCAUGCACAUGAAACUGCUUGGUUGUCUAUUGUUAGAAAUUUCUGGUUUUUGUUGGAUGAUCGUUCUACACGAAUAUUUUAUCCAUGCCAAGACGAAAAGAAACGACGGUUCGACAAAAGUACACACCAUCCAGACCCACGAUUCACCCAACUGACCAGCUUCAGUGAUUUAUAUUCGAUACACCAAUAAAUUAUAUCUAAUAGCUCACCGAACUGCUCCUGAACCAAUUAAAUAAAGGUUAGGGAACACUUCUUCGAGAUUUCUUCAAAAAGCUUGACGUAAGGUUUAUUUGUUUCAACAUGGAAUCUUUAGUA